AUGUCCAAGGUAGCGGAAAAGGGCAAAGCACGAGCAGGGAAGCUGCACCCAAUACUCGCAAAACNACUCGCAAACCGGCACCUCGAUACACGCAUCAAAUUGACGGUUUUGAAGAGCGUCAUCGUACCGCCGCUAGAGUACGCCAGACAAGUAUGGGAAGGAAAAAAGAAGGUAUUGAAAGAACUCGAGGCGGCGCAGAUGAAAGCAGCGAAAACCAUCCUAGGAUGCUCCAGGCGCACAAGUAAUGCAGCCGUGAGGGCAGAAUUGGGGAUCCAAUCCCUACGGUCGGGAAGAGACGCGAGGAAGCUGACCUGGCAGUAUCGCAUGUGCGGGAUGGGAGAGGAGAGGUUGCCGAGAAUUGUAUGGGAGGCGAAGUGGGCAAACAAAAAGAGGGGUAGACAACCCACGGAAUGGGUCAAGGUUGUAGAGGACGUAUGGAAGGGGCUCGACAUCGACGAAGAUGAAACGCUGGAAACGGAGGGUCUACAGGGGUUUAAGGAGAAGAUAUCUGUUGCUUGUGCCGAGAGAGAAGAACAUAAUCU